CAUUUAAUUCCGACGUCUUUCAAACCUCGAAAUUCGACCUGUUACAAUUUUCCACAUCUCUUCUAUGACUGUACCGAGUAUCCAUUUAUAGUACAUACGUACAAUUUUCGUUGCGUUUAAGAUUUCACCUAGCACAACUAACGUGCAAAUGCUUACUCACAAAUCAGAUAAAUUUCUGUAUUUCCGGUCAAAUCGACUAAACACGAAAAGGUAAAAUUUGAAACCUACUACUUAUAGGUGUUCAAUCGAACGUGUUUGCUGCUGUUGGACGUUCAUCUGUCACCCAGACCCUCGACAGUCAAGAUGGAUGAUUCCGAACUGGAGAGCCUGCGCUCAAAGAGAAUGGCCCAGAUGCAGUCGGAACUUGGUGGAUCGCAAGCCGACAAUCCUGAGAAGCAAAAACAAGCGGAACAGCAGCGUCAGGCGGUUGAAGACAUGAAACACUCAAUACUUACCCAAGUAUUAAACCAAGCUGCUCGAGCAAGACUGAACACUUUGAUGAUUGGUAAACCAGAAAAAGGACGCAUGGUAGAAAAUAUGUUACUUAGAAUGGCACAGUCUGGACAGAUUGUUAAUAAAUUAGGAGAAGAUGAACUUAUUGGUUUGUUAGAACAAGUGAACAGUCAAAUGCAGUCACAAGAACGCAAAACUACUGUCAAGUUUGAUCGAAGAAGAGCUGCUCUUGAUGAUUCUGAUUCUGAUUUCUAACACUAAAUUAUUUUAACUUUAAAACAUUACUUUAUAUAUAUAUAUAAUUUUGUACUAACGCGUAAGUAUCUAUUA